UUACCACCUUUUUUGUAAUAUUAUUAUUUGAAUAUGAUCGAUCAAAAUAAUGUGAUUUAACAGCUAUAAAAAUACAUAAAGGAUGUACCCCCUCUGAAUCAUGAGGAUUGUAAGACUUUAUGUUAUGAAUAAUAAUAAAUGAUUAAUCGUAUUGCUUAUUUAUUGUAUUACAUUAUGUAACUGAUGUCAUUAUUACACAAAAAAGUCUACUAAAGAUUAAUUUCCUGUGAGAAAAGUAUACUUCAUUGAAAAAGUACCUGUGAGCGUGUGACUUGUCACGUGUGCAUUUCUCACUUCCGCGUUUCACACAAAAGUCUGACCGUCUCGGUCAGUCUCUCACACGUUGACUCUCUAAAAGGACUUUUAGGGAUUUAUUUUAAUCAGUGACAAAAAAAAGAUCCAAAAUGAGAUUGGGCUCCUUUGUAUGUGUACUUUUUGUCUGUGGAUGUUUCGGUCCUCAUCUGACGAAGCAGACUCCGCUCAAGAAGAACAUUGUCAAUGACAGACCUGUUGUUGGUAUUUUGACUCAGAUAGUUUCAGAUGCAGCAAUGAAACCAUACGGGAGCACCUACAUACCUGCCUCCUAUGUCAAGUACAUUGAGUCUGCGGGAAGCAGAGUUAUGCCCAUCAAAUUGACGCUUACUACUGCAGAGUAUGAAAACAUCUUCAGGAGGAUCAAUGGCCUCCUUCUCAUCGGUGGAGCCGUUGAUUUGGAAACAUCUGACUUUGCAAGGGUCUCAAAGAUAUUUUAUCAGCUUGCUCUGAAGGCCAAUGACGCUGGCGACUUCUUCCCAAUUUGGGGUACAUGCUUGGGAAUGCAGCUGCUCACUGUCCUGGUUGCCGAGCAAAAUCUGUUGACCACGGCCACAGCUGAGAACGUGGCCUUGCCUCUCAACUUGACACCAGCCUACUCCAGUAGGAUGUUUGAGGGCUUCCCUACGGAUCUAAUGAAGGCCCUGCAAAGAGAACCUCUCACUGGUAAUUUUCACCACUAUGGGCUCACAGUGAAGGCCUUCAAGCAAAAUGAGAAGCUGCAAGGAUUCUUCAGCGUAAUGUCUACAAACAUUGCUGAAAAUGGAGUUCGCUUUCUCUCAACUAUUGAAGGCAAGCGAUACCCCUUCUACGGGGUCCAGUGGCACCCGGAGGUGAAUCGUUUUCAGUGGGACAGCACAUGGAACUUUCCUCACUCGCCUCGCGCCGUCCAGCUGUCUUUGCUCCUGGCAGAGUUUUUCAUCAAUGAAGGGAGGAAAAGUUUGCAUGACUUUGAUGACUCUAAAGAGGAGCCCUUUGCGCUGAUUUACAACUACACGCCCAUUUUUGCUGGAAACUUCAGCGGAUAUGAGCAAAUCUAUUUCUUCUAAAAUGCUGUGCCGGAACUGUUGUGACAAUAGCAAGGGUUACAUUACACAAGGCAAGCGAGUCACACAAGGUCACCAAGCUGUCUUUUUGAAGAUGUGAUGCUCCGUUACGCUAAGGUAGUCUGUUUUGUGUUUUUUGCAUGGGUAUAAUCAAACCCAUCAAAUGGGUUGCAAUGUAUUUACCGUCAAAGCAUUCUUACUGUAUUUCAUGCUAUCCAAUGAUGUAAAAAUAAUAAUAAUGCCCAUUUUUUAUUCAUUUAAUUUCACAAAAGGUUUAUUAUUGGAGUUGUAGUUUCUAGUGAAGCAGAACAGCACUGUAUCAUAAUAAAUCAUGUGGUCAAAUAAAAGCUAAAAAUAAUAAUUAUUAAUAUGUUGUAAUAAUAAUAAAAGUGUUUAUUAUUAGUAAUAAUAGUAAUAUUAUUAUUGUACCAAUGAGGUAUCAUGCACAGUAACGUUAUAUUUGUCAUAUACAGUCAUCCCUCGUUUAUCACGGUUUAUUGGUUCCAGACCCAACUGUAAUAAGUGAAUUUCUGCAAAGUAGGAUUCAAUGUUUUUUGUAGUUAGAGCAUAGAAAACCUGUUUAUGACUUUCUAAAUAUGUUUUUUACCAUUAUUAGAGCCCUGUAAACAUGAAGUAGCACCCCUAUGGUCACUGUUACACUCUUAUUAUUCUUUGUUUACACUACAUUGCGCAACACUGCGCAGGCUACGGAAUCACUGCAGGGACAUAAGAGACGGCCGCCGCUCAUAGCAUAUAGCAAGCUAAACUUAAGAAAGUGUUUCAAACGAAGUGGAGAAGAAGGACAACGUAAGAAGCCAAAAACAUACCACUUCUAUACGGAAUGGGAGGAGAACUUUGUUUCACUCUAUCAUGUCGGACAUGCCAUGGCUGACUCCAUGCAUUGCUAAGGUAAUAUAAUCUAAGGUAAUGUUUCUUCAAUGUAACAUUACUGAUGCCUAGUGAACAGCAUACCACAAUUAACUUGUCUUCCAAUAUUUUGGACCACUAAUAGGCCACAGUCAAUCACGAAACAGCAAUCAUUUAUUAAUUAAUUAACUUUUUUUAAACCGUGAUGUAGCGAGAGAUGACCGUAAUAGUACUGAUGAUAAUAAUGAUAACAUUGUCACAUUCUGUUUUCUAUGCCUUUAUUUUAGUAUCUCAUCUCCACCUGUGUUUCCCUUUUUUUUAGAUGAAUGAGUUUCCGGCCUUGGGUGGCACCACACCACACACCUGUUCUUCAUCUACUCUCUACUUAUAUCCUGCGUGCACUAUUGUGAGGCGCAGGUUCGUUGCUUAAGAGUUCCCUGAGAUCAUCCAGUUUCUGCUGCUACUAAGGCAAAGCCUAUCAUAUUGAUGUGCAACUCUUAUGCCUUUUCCCUCCUGGUGCCACCCUCAUUCGGUCUUUUUCUCCCGGCUGUCUUUUAUUUGUCUUUUGCCGGUGAUAUUUUGUUCCCACUCAUUGAGCACUUCUUCUGUUUUUGCCUACGUGGUGUCGUGAAUAAAACGAUCU